AUGGGUGUUCCCAAGUUCUUCCGCUGGCUGAGCGAGCGGUAUCCCGCGAUCUCUAUGUUGAUCGCGGAGAACCGUAUACCGGAAUUCGACAACCUAUACCUGGAUAUGAAUGGCAUUAUUCAUAACUGUACACACAAGGACAGCGAUUCACCGACUUUUCGCAUGACCGAGGAUAAGAUGUUUAUCGCUAUCUUUAACUAUAUCGAGCAUUUGUAUGGCAAGAUCAAGCCUAAGAAGCUCUUCUUCAUGGCAGUCGAUGGUGUGGCUCCGCGAGCCAAGAUGAACCAGCAGCGUGCUCGACGUUUCCGGACGGCUUUGGAUGCUGAGACGGCCAAGGAGAAGGCGAUUGCUCAGGGUAUCGAGAUGCCGAAGGAGGAAGCUUUUGACAGCAACUGCAUUACACCCGGUACCGAGUUUAUGGCCAAGUUAACCGAGCAAUUGAAAUACUUUAUCAACAAGAAGAUCUCCGAAGACAAGGAUUGGCAGGGAGUCGAGAUUGUGCUUUCUGGCCACGAAGUUCCAGGUGAAGGUGAACACAAGAUCAUGGAGUACAUCCGGCAUGCGAAAGCACAGCCUCUCUACGAUCCUAACGUCCGUCACUGUUUGUACGGCCUUGACGCUGACCUGAUCAUGUUGGGGCUUCUGAGUCACGAUCCCCACUUUUCCCUGCUUCGUGAAGAGGUCACCUUCGGUCGUCAAGUUCAGAAGAAAUCUAAGGAGCUUGAACACCAGAACUUCUUUCUUUUGCAUCUGUGUAUGGUUAGAGAAUACCUGGAGUUGGAGUUUCAGGAGUUGGAACAGGAAGGUGUUUUGAGCUUUCCGUUUGACAUGGAAAAGGUUAUUGACGAUUUCAUUCUAAUGGCUUUCUUUGUUGGAAACGACUUUUUGCCCAACUUGCCCAAUCUGCAUAUUAACGAGGGUGCUUUGGCAUUCAUGUUUAAGAUCUAUAAGGAAUCAUUGCCCAAGAUGGGUGGCUACAUUAACGAACAAGGUGUUAUCAAAAUGGACCGACUGGGCAUCCUUUUGGAUGCUCUGAGCGAUGUCGAGUUCCGCUUCUUCGAGCACGAGUACUCAGAUGCGCAGUGGAUUCGGGCCAAGAAGGGCGAUGUCACAGAACCCCAGGAGAAGCCCAAGGGCUUCACGAUCACUCCUGCCCAGAAGGAAUUAUUCAAGCAGGUCAAGAAGUACGUUCUGAACCGACCUGGAAAGGCAGCAGAAACGAAGCCUCUUGACUUUGCUUCUUCAUUGCCGGCUCGUGACCGCAAGUUUGUGGAGCAGCUGGCAGAUGACCUUCGGCUGCCGUGGACGACCGUCGCAGACGAACAUGGUGAUCGGUUCAUCCGCGUGCAGCUCCCUGGAAAUGAUAAUGACGACAGCGAUGAUGAGGAUGAAGAGGCCUCCGUUGCGGUUCAGCGAAUUAUCCGAAGAUACGAUAAUGCAAAGGUCCAGGAGUUAUCACCCGAGGAAGCCCAACAAGCGGCGGAGAAGAAGUAUGAAGCGAAGUUCCAGGAAUGGAAGAAUAAUUACUACGUCGGCAAGUUUGGCUGGGGGCUUGAUAGCCAUGAGGAGAUGAGGGAGUUGACGGAGAACUAUGUACAGGGUCUCCAGUGGGUCCUGUACUACUACUACAGAGGCAUUGCAUCCUGGCCGUGGUUCUUCAAGUAUCACUACGCACCGAUGAUCUCCGACGUAAAGAAAGGCCUCAAUGCAGAUACCAACUUCCGACUUGGCAAGCCCUUCCGGCCGUAUGAGCAGCUGAUGGGUGUGUUGCCUGACCGAAGCAAGAAGACUGUUCCUGCGGCAUACCGGGAUCUAAUGACUUCUCCGGAUUCCCCAAUCAUCGAUUUUUACCCACGUGAUUUUGAACUGGAUAUGAAUGGAAAGAAGAUGGAAUGGGAGGCAGUUGUCAAGAUUCCUUUUAUUGAAGAACGUCGCCUGCUGGAUGCCCUCGCAACUAGGGAACACCUGCUGACCCCGGAGGAGAAAGCACGGAAUGGAUUCGGUGCCAGUCUUAAGUUCACUUACUCUCCGGAGGUGCAGUUCAUCUACCCGUCCUCUCUUCCCGGCGUGUUCCCAGACAUUCCGAACUGCCACUGCAUCGAGAACAUUUUCGACUUGCCGACCAUGGAUGGACUUGAGCCGUACAUUGGAUUGAUGGAUGGCGUGCAAAUGGGGGCUGCAGCGUUGGCUGGCUUCCCUAGUCUGCAGACGCUGCCCCAUGUUGGCCAACUGGGCCACCACGGUGUCACUGUUUUCCAGCAGGAAAGUCGCAAUGAGAGCAUGGUCAUUACAUUGCUCGAUCCUGGGAGCAGGUCGAGCGUCGAGUUGGCCAAACAGAAACUUGGGCAGCGCGUCCAUGUGGGUUACCCGUUCUUGCAAGAAGCGCUCGUAAUCCGUGUAUCAGAUGAACUAUUCGAUUAUAUUCUACCGGAACCUACGGGACAUGUUGUUUCUAUCCCCCAUACCCCUGCUCAGAUUGAUCAAUGGAAAAGAAAGGCCGAGCGGAUCGAGUCGUCUUACAGCAAGAGACUUGGUACCAUUAUCGGCCCGGUCGAGUCGAUGGUGCAUGUUCAGCUGCUCAAGGGUUUGAUCAAGACCGAUGAGGGCGCUACGGUCAAGGAAUUCGCCGAUAUUCCCGGGCAAGAAACCGACUACGCUCUCCAGCUGGUCGUUGACGAUGUGAUCAACCCCGAUCAACGAUUCAUUGAACGGGAGGCCCUACCCAUCGAAGAGGAGUUCCCCGAAAACUCCCGGGCGUUCAUGCUUGGAGAAUACAACUAUGGACGGCCCGUUCAGAUUACGGGUCAUGAUCAUGGCAAGGUGAAUGGAAUGAUUGCAGCGGUGAAGGUUCGGGAACCGGAGUUUGGAAGAGACCGAGCCCGGGAUGCUGAGAAGCUCUGUCCUUACAUGCCGUCGUACGCUAUUGCUCGUAGCUUGCGGCUUAAUCCUUUGGUUCUAGCCAAGAUCACCUCGUCGUUUUCCGUUGACGUCGAAGGGCAGCGUGUCAAUCUGGGUCUCAAUUUGAAGUUCGAGGCCCGGAAGCAAAAGGUUCUUGGCUAUUCUCGCCGUGGAGACUCUGGUUGGGAAUUCAGCCCUAAGGCCGUAGAGCUCCUGCAACAGUAUAUGAUCAAAUUCCCCGAGUUUAUCGCGGGCAUUCAGCGCAAUCCGCAGAAUGAUCGGUACACUCCUACGGACUUCUAUCCCGAAGAGACCGCCCUCUUGAAGAUGAAGGAAAUUCGAGACUGGUUGAAGUCAAUUGAGGCGAAGAACUUCGAGCGUGUCCCUCUGGAUGCGGAACAGCUUGAUUCUGACCUCGUCAAGUUGAUCGAACAAGAUGCCGACCAGCUGCUCCAGAGCAUGCCACCCAUGGAAGUGAAGGCGGUCCGUGGCCUGCCCCGCAGCGCCCUGCUGCGGCCGUCCGACGUCGAGCAGCGACUUGGAAACCAGACGUUCAAGUUGGGAGAUCGGGUCGUGUAUGCUCAAGAUUCCGGCAAGGUCCCCAUCGCCACUCGAGGCACCGUUGUCGGCCUUACCCGGACACCACGUGCCCUUCUCCUUGAUGUGGUCUUUGACGUCUCGUUCAUGAGCGGUACCACGCUCGGCGACCGCUGCUCUCCGUUCCGAGGCCAGACGGUUCUGGCGUCUUCGGUGCUGAACGUCUCCUACCGGCAGCUGACCGUCAACACGCGUGCGUCAAACAGCGCGCAAAAGCAGUCUCAGCAAACGCCCUUGACUGUUGCCGGAUAUGGUGCUCCGCUUGGGCCCGGUGGGCAGGGACAGCUGAGAGAAGCCCCGGCCCCACCGCCCUUGGGUAAUUCCUACCGCGGCGCAGUCUCCGGCAUGGGUAAUGGUCGCGGACGUGGACGUGGUGCCUCCAAUGGCGUAGGUGCUCAAACCACGUUGCCGUUCCGGCCUCAGCCCAACGGAGCAUCGCCAGCCGGUGGUCGAGGCCGAGGAGGCAUGAAUGGAGGCGGCCGUGGUGGGCGUGGAGGACCGGCACGCACGCGAGGCGGAUAUGUCGCCGUGGACAACGACCCGGAAGCCGGGGUGCUCAACCAUAAUCCGAACUUCCGGCCCAAGAACUAUUCGCAAGUGCCACCACCGCAGAGCAUCUCUGGACGAGGCCGUGGUCGUGGUAACAACAUGCGAGGAGACAGGGGAACUGGAUUCCGGGGACGCGGUCGCGGUCGCGGAGCGGCGGUUGCCGGAGAGAAUUAG